AUGAAUCGCGCUAGCAAUGAUACCCAGAAGGUCAAGCUCACGGGCGAGCAGGUCGCCGAGCACAGCAAUGUCGAGUCUUGCUGGGUCAUUGUCCAUGGCCGCGCAUACGACGUGACUGAGUUCCUACCUGAGCACCCGGGCGGUUCCAAAAUCAUCCUCAAAUAUGCCGGCAAAGAUGCGACGGAAGCAUACGAGCCUAUUCACCCACCCGACACGCUCGACAAGUAUCUGGACAAGUCGAAGCACCUGGGCGAGGUGGACAUGAACACGGUGCAGGAAGAGGAGAAGGAAGUUGACCCUGAUGAGAAAGAGCGACAGAAGCGCAUCGAGCGCAUGCCUAUCCUCGAGCAAUGCUACAACCUCAUGGACUUUGAAGCCGUGGCGCGCAAGGUCAUGAAGAAGACGGCAUGGGCAUACUACUCGAGCGGUGCCGACGACGAGAUCACAUUACGAGAAAACCACAGCGCAUUCCACAAGAUCUGGUUCCGACCACGCGUUCUCGUCGACGUGGAGAAAGUCGACAUGUCCACCACGAUGCUCGGUACAAAGUGCGAUAUACCAUUCUAUGUCACGGCGACAGCAUUAGGAAAGCUCGGCAACCCAGAGGGAGAAGUCAUCCUCACACGCGGCGCACACAAGCACAACGUGAUCCAGAUGAUCCCAACACUGGCGUCCUGCUCCUUCGACGAGAUUGUCGACGAGGCAAAAGACGGCCAAGUACAAUGGCUGCAGCUAUACGUGAACAAGGACCGAGAAGUCACAAAGCGAAUUGUGCAGCAUGCCGAGAAGCGCGGCUGCAAGGGCCUCUUCAUCACGGUCGAUGCGCCGCAGCUCGGUCGUCGCGAAAAGGACAUGCGCAGCAAAUUCCACGAUGUAGGCAGCAACGUACAGAGCACUGGCGGAGACAACGUGGACCGCAGCCAAGGCGCCACGCGAGCCAUCUCGUCCUUUAUUGAUCCGAGCCUUAGCUGGAAGGACAUCCCUUGGUUUAAGAGCAUCACAAAGAUGCCCAUCAUCCUCAAGGGCCUGCAAUGUAUCGAGGACGUCAUCCGCGCCGUCGAAGUUGGCGUGGACGGCGUAGUACUCUCGAACCAUGGCGGUCGUCAGCUCGACUUUGCCUGCUCUGCUGUAGAAGUCCUGGCUGAAGUCAUGCCCGUCCUUCUCGCACGCGGCUGGCAAGAUCGCAUCGAGGUCUACAUUGACGGCGGUGUACGACGAGCAACAGACAUUAUCAAGGCUGUAGCACUGGGUGCCAAGGGCGUGGGCAUUGGUCGACCUUUCCUAUACGCAAUGUCUGCGUACGGCUUACCUGGUGUUGACCGCGCUAUGCAGCUGCUCAAGGACGAAAUGGAGAUGAAUAUGCGCUUGAUUGGUGCUUCGAGCAUUGCGGACUUGAAUCCUUCGAUGCUUGAUACGAGGGGGUUGAGCAUGCAUACUGCACCUGUUCCACAUGAGACUCUUGGAUUGAAUGUAUACGAUCCACUUUUGGGACCUCAAGAGAAGGUUUUCAGGGAGAAGUCGAAGUUGUAA